GCGAGGGACUGGCAGAGUGCCACAUCAAUAGUUUCGGCAUUGAUAGGUCUUUUCGUGAAAAACAAGAACCAAGUCCAUCAAGUCAUCGUGAAUCACAUUCUUCAAGACUCGAGGACAAUUCUUUUUUAAGAAAGAUACUUGGGAUACUUGAAAUAUCCACAAUCUUAAAUUAUCAUAAUUAUCUUAAAAUAAAGUUCGUAAAAAUUACCAGUCGUAAAACCGGUUUAUUAAUUACUGCAUGUACGCCAUUAGAACAAUAUUAA